AUGAACGGAACAAAGACCUAUUCCAAAUUGGAGGAGGACUCCAAAGACGUGAAACCCUUGGUCGAUGAAAUUUGUAAUGCGCCCAUUGACCAACUAGCCUCCGUCUUGGAGGCCAACUUGGACUGGAACAGACCGCCGGGUGAUCUUCUCCACUGGACUAAAGUCCUCAACACAAUUGACUCUGUCUUCGAAACGAAAAAUGCCGAGUACGGCUUGGACAAGGAUGGCCCUAGACCCACUACCGUGAAACCGGAAGACUCACGCCUUCUCCAGGCUUGCUUGUCCUUCACUGCUACUCUUUUGCAGAACUGUAGAACAAGAAGCCUCUAUUCGAGUCAGGAAAGAAUAUACCAAUUAUGCGCCUGUGGAGAUGCUGACGUUCUCUUGAAAGCAAUGGAAAUUGCAAUGCAAUUGUCUCACAGAUACCUUCGUAGCAGUCUGAUUAAAAAGAACCCGCCACCGAAACAAGUGAAACUUCACUAUCUCGAAAUGGCCAAAUUCUAUCCACCUCCUAUGCCCACAAGCUUCAUUCUGAAAUCUUUGCAACUGUCCGCAUCAUCUGGAUCAACUUCUAGCUCUGUUCUUCUGAGUAAUCACAAAUAUGAACACUAUAGUUUGUCUGAUUCCAUCGAUAAAUCGAAAAAGUAUCCUAGCAAAUGGAAGUCGCUCAAUUUCCAAUACUACGCAACAAUCUCCCAUAAGUCCGCUGAAAAGAUUUCUAAAAAGAAUGAUAAGAAGAUGAGUGCAAACUUUCAAGAAGGUAUUUUAACAAUCGCUGUUCCAGAAGACAAGGUUGCUUCAAUGUCUUUGCAACAAUUGUAUGAUUUGGCAGCCUCUCAUGAUCUUCCUCAAGAAUGUAAUACUCUGUUCCUCUUUGCUUGUCUCAACGCAAAGGCAUUCAACUCAAAACUGGCCGAUAGUAUGCAAUUGCGAUCGAAACUCUUACAAAUUAAAUGCAUGGCAUUUUCUGCAAUAUGCUGCUUCUGUAACACUGACUUCACUUCAACAAACUUAUUCGAAGUAGAGGCAUAUACCUUUGGCUUCAUGGUCGAUUUGAUCUCUCCAUUGAACACUCAUCUCCCUGAAGGAAUCUUCAAUACCGCUGCAAACUGUCUUGAGAUCAUAUCAUUGAAGCGUGUGUGGGGUACCGAGAUUGUCAGACUAAUGGGAGGCAAUGUACGCCACGGGCUUUUGUAUCAGUUGAUGAAUCACAUAAGCAAAUUAGUGAGGGAAGAUAGCGAAAGCGUAAAUGAGGUUGGAUUUCUUUCCUUUUUCGAAUUGAUUGCAAAUCUUGUCGAUACAAAAGUCAUCACAACUAGAUUCGCUGCAGGUGGCUUGUUGCAAGAUUUAAUUUACUUUUUGGGCAUUAAGACCGAAAAAAGACGCCUCAGUAGCAUGGUUGCAAACAUUUUAAUCAAUUUUCUAGAGAACUCAACAGAGAAUGCCAGUUUGUUUGCGGAUUCAGAUGGAUUUAAGGUCUUAGUGGAUGUUGUCGAGGCUGAAGUCGAGAGUGCAAUCUAUAGCCCAGAAUUGAAGAACGGCCCACCUGAGAAAUAUACAGGGGAGUCGAAAGCUGCGAUAUCUCAGCUUGAAUUUCUUGGCAAUGUCCUCAAUAUCCUUUUUGCUCUUGUUGAAUCAGACCUUGGCGAUAGACUACAGAAUCUUUUGGACUCGUCACUUCUCAACACAUUCAAUCGCAUUCUCACACAUGCUAGAAAUUUGGGCGAAUUCGUGGUGUCAUCAACCUUGAAUGUCAUCUACAAAAUUCUUCAUAAUGAACCAACUGCCUUUUCCAUUUUCAAUGAAAGCGGUGUGAUCGACUCUAUCAUCAAUCAUUAUGAACAAUUUUUCGGGCCAACAUUUUCAUGGCCCACUAUUCUUGUCGAUAUACUUGGCGCCAUAUCUUUGAAUAAUGACGGGAUACAGAAAGUUCUCAAGGGAGACUUGAUCUACAAGUUUUUCAAGACAUUUUUGAAUUUUGAUAGCGCUAGAGCUCUUAUUUGUGAUGAUAUAUUGAAUUCUUUGGCUGCUUCCUUCGAAGAACUUGCAAGACAUUUUCCCGUGUUUCAGCCCGUGAUCCUUGAAGCCUUGAAAAAAGUGGCUCUUCAACUUCCCCAAAUCGCUAGCCUGGAGCUAGAAGCUAUUAGAUUCUAUUCAAGUUCUUCAGCCGAUAAUUGUUAUUCUAAUCAAUCACAACAAGUUGAAUUCGACUGUGAAGGAAAUUCUGAAAUUGAUGCGUGGAAUUUGCAAAAGGGCUCUGUUUUGAUUGAUGGGUUCUUAAUUUUUUGCAGCAACCUCAUCCAGGAAUCGAAAAAAUGGGCUACUAAAAUCUCGCAGGCCAUUCCAUACAAUGUGUGGGAGCCAUACUUCACACUACCUGCCACUAUUGAUUUUAGUGUAUCCAGUGCAUACUCAUCAUUGAAAAUCAUCACUAGGUACACGAAUAAUGCUAACAAGCUUGAACCUCUUGUGAAUGCCACAUUCAGGUGCGUGGACUUAGACUUGAUACAGAAGUUUAUCAACCAUCCAAAUGACGAGUAUUUCUUGAGCUCUAUUGCCCUGAAUCCUGAUGAGGCCACAGAAUUCAUGCGCCAGUUCAAUCAACUUCACAGUUUCAUUCACAUGCUCUCCUUCGUGGUUGGUGAACAUUUCGAUGCGGAUACAACUCAAAUACAGAUGCUCCUUCUGAAAUUUGAGAAUGACUCUAAUUUGCUCUCGAAUUUAAUGAAAUUACUAACAAAGUGUAUCUCCGAACAAGCACAUCUUCUAACUUUGACACCAAUAGAUGUUUUGGCGGAAACGUCCACUUUCUUGCUGCGACCUGAUAUUCUUGGAUUGUCAGCAUUGUACAAGACAAAGUCAGCAUCUAAAAAAAUCACAAUUGCUAAAACAAAAAACACGUAUCAGUACAGGUGCCUCACAAACCUGGUGGGGACCUCUUGUUUGCUAGUGAUCACAGCAUUAUGUAAAUUAGCACUUCACCCGAAGAUCGAAGGGUUAUCAUCAGCUCAAGCAAGUUUUCUUGUUGCACUUCACAAGAAUGCCAUUGAGAAAUUUAAUUCUAUGAUUUCUUUCAGCAGUCGUUUGCAAACGGAGUCGAGAUUCUUCUAUACUCGAAGUGUUGUGAAGUCAAUAAUCCUGGUUUGCACUAGCCAAGAAACGGGUGAUCAGUCUCUAAACAUUCCAUCACUCUUAAUUAUUAGUGAAAAGCCCGAAAUUAUUGACAUGCUAGUUGACUCUGCAAUUGACACUUUCCAAGAAUUCGAACAUAUUGGAUGCAAGCAGUUGCAGAGCAGUAUUGACUCGUCUGACCUAAUAAUCCUGCUUAAAAUUGACUACUUUGUCGAAUUGCUUGGGUUCUUGACCAGACUGAUGUGUGAAGAUGAUAUUGUUCCCUUGCCAACUUUGGCCACCCUUUUCAAUGCUGCUUAUUGUGACGACGAUGAAUUUUUGAAGGAAGGCUUUCUUACGGUUAAUGCCGAUCUUAUUAUGAGAUUUAUUUCCACCAGUAUUGGCUCGAAGUCUCGCAUGUACCAGAAAGAUGACUAUUCUCUCUUUUCUGCACUCCCCUCUAAAGUGACUAGUGUUUUCUUCGACUUGCUACAUGUUGCUUGGGCUGUCACUCCAACUGAUGUGUAUUUCCCCAUCAAGGAAAGAUGGAUGGGAACUUCUUUGGAAGAAUUGGAAUACUUGAUGCUGCAAAUUAAAUUAGAUGCUAAAGAGAGUGAAGAAUUUCUUAAAUCCGUGGGGUCACUUCUCUUGGUCAGUUCCUCGACGCAAAGCAGCAUUGGCAAAAAAGUAAUAACUCAAUCUGUUUCUAAUUUUAUAAAUUAUGAACCAAUUGAAAUCCAAGCCGGAAAGAGUCUUAGGAAUUCGAGGGAAGCAGAAGAUGAACCAGUUUUUGACCUGGCAUUUGUUAAAAUAGCUUGUUUGCUGAAAACGUCUGAGUUUCAUUUCAUGGAAACUGUUGGUCUUUUAGAUUUCGGUGGUAGAAUGAUGAGAGAUUUAAGCAACGAAAUUCGCAAAUGCAAAAUCGAUGAUAUAAUUGCAUUCCCUGAACGGAUUGGAAAUAUGGUUCAUCUCUUUCAACAAAUUGUGUUUCUGGUAACUUUGAACACUCUGGCUGAAAGCCAUGAGAAGCAACCAUACUUCGAAGAGUUUGUUCCUUAUUUUGUUGAGAUAUUGAAGAACAAUCCAAGACUAGUUGACACUCCAUUUUGUUCAGCAGUAUUGAAAUUUGUAACCCCAUUCAUUUCGCACAACCCGCCAUGUGUUUUGCCUGGGGUCAACCCACAGUUUCCAAACUUGAAUUUCCCCUCAGAUCUUCGAGAUAGGUUUUGUGAUGCUAUCUUAGAACUUGAGCCAAAAGACAACACUGACUCUGUGAUCGCUCUAUGUGGGCUACUCUACCUUUUAUCAAAAGAUGAUUCCAUUAAGAAUCGGGUUCUUGAGUCGCGUUGUUUCAAGUUCAUUAUGAGUCAAUUGGAUUCUUACUUUCAAUCAUGCCCUUUUCAAUUGUUUAAGCCUUUGCAGGAUGGUGUCAUUCAACUAAUCCGUAUCAAUUAUGAGAGUCUGUCGUAUGUUGAGGGUAUGAUGAUCACUAGUCUCCGCCAAUUAUUCAAGGCUCACUAUUCUAGUCCUCAAGAAUUGCAAAGUAUUCUUGAAGAGUCAGGUUUUGUGAUUGGCCGUAAUCCUCAACAGUAUGUUGAUGUUGCUACCAAAUAUCUCCGCCUUGAUGGAUGUCUUAGCAAGGAGCAUACCGGAACGAAAGUGUAUUUAUUGGACCCCUCCUCGAGCACAAAUGAUGACACAGAUAACAUGGAAGACAUUAACGAAACUCCGAUCAAGACGCCCAAGAAGAUUGGGCUAGUUUCAUUUAUCUUAAACCAUAUCAUGCAAGUCAGUAGAGAAGACUGGUUUUCAACUCCAUUGGAACCCGAAGCUAUCAAGGGAACAAAAGAUGUUAUAGAGCCCAAGGCUAGAGCUUUUGCCAACUUAGCCAAAAACAGAAAGUUUCGGCUAAUUUGUUUCCUUCUUCAAGUGCUUUGCGAACUUCUAGGCUCAUACAUGGAGGCAAAGCUCGAGUUUAUCACUUUCUCCAAGAAAGAGAAAAAUGAUUCAGACAACAAGCCUCGGUCUACUAGUUUAAACUUCUUUAUUCAUCAAUUGAUAUCGAACCCGGAUUUGAGAUCCUCAAAUUCAAAGGAUGAGCAAGAAUCGCAGAGAAAGACAACCAUAAAUUCUCUUGCUAAACUUGCUAUCUUUUCUUUGACAUCGACUCCUGAACUCAAUAAACCCUCCGAUACUGACCAGCUGGAGGACCCAGAUUUGGCUAUAGUUCGGAAGCUCACGGCCGAUCUUAUCUCUAAAACCUUUAGAGAUUCUAUCCCAGUCGGAAAAUUUACCGCAGAUUCGCAUUCUAAGUUAUUGGGGUUGUUCAGCUUGUGUUCAUCUCUUCUCUCAACAAAGCACCAUGAAGUUUUCCUGUCCUUGUUCAAUGAAAAUGCAACGAAGAUGGAUAAUUUUUUCUUUGCUUCGGCUUUAUUGGAUGCACAAAUUCCGAGCCAGAUAUCUUCUGUCUUAGCCAAUCUCGACUUGAACUAUCCUGACGUAAAAAAAGUGUCUGGUGCUGGUUUGCGUGUGAUGACCGCUUUAGCAAAAAUAAAGUUAGCCAAUGCUAAUCUUUUGGAGUCGUCCACUAGCGCGGAUAAAGAUGAUGAUGAUAUAGGCGAUGUCGAAGAUAAGGAUGAUACCCCUGACUUGUUCCGCAAUUCGACAUUAGGUCUCUACGAUAUUGAUGUCGAUAGCGAUGAACAUGAUGAGUAUUACAAUGAAGCUUCCUUCAAUGCAAUUUCCGGCUCAGAUAUUUCAGAGGACAAUGAUGAUGAUAAUAAUGACGGUUCUGAUGGCAUUGAAGAUAUGAGUGACUAUGAAAUGGAGGGAAGUAUCGAAGGAGAAGAGGUCUUCGAAGAUGAUGUGGAAGGUGAAUUUGAAGGGUUCGACAGCGAUAACAGCGAUAAUGAUAUAGACAUUAUCGAAGAUUUAGAUAUUCAGUCUGGAAGUGAAUCCAACCUGGGUGAAUAUGAGUCUGACGAAUUUGACGAAUCGGAAGGUGAAUUUGACUUCGAAGUAGGCGAAGGCGGUGCCUUUGAAGAUGACGCUGAACUCGAUGAAGAAGAUGCUGAGGAAGAAGAUGUUGAUUGGGAUGGGUGGAUUUCGGCUUUUGGUGAUUCACUGGGUCCCCCUGUACCUGGUCAUACUGGUCACAAUUUAGAUCAAUCAUUUGAAAGUGACCUGGAAGCAGGUGAGUUUGAAGCAAACAGCAGAAUUCAACCGAAUGCGCUGGCUCGGGCUUUGAUGAAUACCUUCCUUGAUGAAAUGCGCCCUGGAAGAAAUCAGAAUGUUGAGGCCUCAGACAAUGAAGAUGAUCUGAUGCUCCCUCUGUACUUACCAACUAAUGAUCGUUCUAAUCCUCUAAUGCGAUUAGCAAACCUUCGUUCCCUCUUAAGUUCUGUCCCUGGGACGGCCUUUGACGAAACGAAAUCAUUUAUACACUUACGCUCAACAUCGGAGAGGUGGCGGAGUAUGUUCUUGAUUUAUCAAAAGAUGUACUCGAGCAAGCUCAAUAGAGCAGUCAAGCAAAGUAUCAUUGAGAACAUAAUGGACGAGAGCAUCAGAUUAUCGAAACAAAGAGCAGAGCAAAAGGAACUCGCUAAGAAAGAAAGACUCAAAAAAAUCGAAGAAAAGAAGAAUGAAAAUAAGGGUAACGAAGAACCUCCAACUGAGGACUCUGCAGAUAUCUCACUACCAGAAAAUCAAGUUAACAGUGGAGAUGCUGCCCCUGAUGACCCACACGCACCUGUUGAACAUAUUCCAAUUUUUGUCCUGAUUGGGGACCGAGAAGUUGACAUAGGUGGAACCGAUAUUGACCCAGAGUUUUUUGAGGCCCUUCCUGAGGAUAUGCGCGAGGAGGUCUUCACACAACAUGUUCGUGAGAGAAGAGCUAACGCUGCCAAUGAUAUAGAUGUUCGUGAAAUUGAUCCCGACUUCUUAGAUGCUCUCCCACCAAACAUUAGAGCUGACAUUAUUAAUCAGGAGCGGAUGGCAAGAGUGGCGGGAGAGCACUUUGAUUUUGGUCAUGAAGAUGACGAUACUGAAACACUGGAGUCGGAUGAAUGGUCAGACGAAAUGCCACCAGCGAGCGAGAAGCCUAAAAAGGAGGUUACAAAACGAAAAACAUUCAAUGUUCCCCUUAUCGAUCGCGCUGGUGUGGCUAGUUUAGUUCGCAUUCUAUUUGUGCCAGUUCCAAUCAACCAGCGUGAGGGUGUCUAUAGAUCCCUUGUGCUGGUCUGUCAUAACAAGCAAACGAGGAUUGAAACAGUCAGCAUGCUCUUAGCUAUUUUGGCUGACGGUUUAAGAAGUCAGCGCUCUCUUCAAAGGGCCUACAAACAUAUUUGUAUCAGAUCAAAGGGAUCCUUGAAAGAGGUAUCUGAUAAAACACUGUAUCCGCUACCCAUGAAUGCUACCCCAAUUACGAUUGGAAUACAAGUUUUGGAAGCUGUUCUCAAUUUACUCGAGAACAUAUCUCCAUUGCGAGUUUUCAUGUUGACUGAACAUGAAAAUGUGUACCUAUCCAAGAAACGGGUCAAACAUCAGCCAAGCCCUUCAAACGCCAAAGAAGAUCGCUUUCCCAUUAAUUUGCUCCUUAAGCUUCUAGAGAGCCCAGUCUUGAGCGAGGAAUACUUUUUCGUUGAUUUGCUAGCAAGCGUGGUUCACUAUGCCACUAUUCCAUUGCUAGUUUUGAAAGAUAGUGCGGGCAAGCAAAUUCCAUCACUGUUCAAAACAAAAUUCAUUCCUGAUAGUAAUCUUCGUCUCAUAACUAAGAUUUUAUCUUCCGGGGAAUGUUUAAACUCUACAUUUAAACGUACCAUGAGUUCCAUUCAACAUCUAUCAAUGAUCUGUGAUUCGGAAAUGAUAUUGACUUUGGAGCUUUCAGAAAAUGCCAGUGCUCUCGGUGCAGAAGUAGUUAAGGAGCUCAAAGUUGUCACUGAUGAAUUGAUCAUGAACCCAAGCGACCAUGCACUCAAUAAUAAGCUGACAGCAGAAUUCACAGCUCUGAGCUCAAAUCAAGCUAAGCUCCUCAGAGUGUUGACUGCAUUGGACUACAUGUUCAACACUCACCAAAAGAUUGCAGAUGAAUCGCAUUUGAGAGGUUUGUACAAUCAUUUGAAACUUGGGCCUUUAUGGGAGGCUCUUAGCGAGUGCUUGACCCUUCUAGAGUCCAACCCGCAAGUUUCCAGCAAUGCAACUGCCUUGUUGCCGCUCAUUGAAGCCCUCAUGGUUGUUUGUAAACAUAGCAAGGUGAAGGACAUUCAAAUUAAGGAAAUGAUGAAGUUCCAGAAUAAGAAGAUCGAUUUCUCCAAUGAGCCUAUUGAAAGAUUGUUCUUUUCAUUUACUGAAGAGCAUAAGAAGAUCUUGAAUCAAAUGGUUAGAGCAAACCCAAAUUUGAUGAGUGGGCCUUUCAGCAUGCUCGUGAGAAACCCCAAAGUCUUGGAGUUCGACAACAAGCGAAAUUAUUUUGAUAGACAACUACAUGAUACGAAGGACAUUCCUCACAAAAUGGCCUUCACAGUUCGUCGUGAGCAAGUGUUCCUUGAUUCAUACCGUUCAUUGUUUUUCAAAUCAUCAGAAGAGUUUAAGAAAUCUCAAUUAGAAAUCACAUUCAAAGGAGAACAGGGAGUCGAUGGCGGUGGUUUGACACGAGAAUGGUAUCAAGUUCUCUCAAGACAGAUGUUCAAUCCUGACUACGCUUUAUUCUCUCCAGUCUCCAGUGAUGAGAAUACUUACCAUCCAAACAGAACUUCUUACGUUAAUCCAGAACACUUGUCAUUCUUCAAAUUCAUUGGCCGCGUGAUUGGAAAAUCAAUUUUCGACAGGUGCCUUUUGGAUUGUCAUUUUAGCAGAGCGGUUUACAAGAAAAUUUUAGAUCGCUCAUUGUCGCUUAAAGACAUGGAGACUUUGGAUUUGGACUACUUCAAAUCGCUCAUGUGGAUGCUUGAAAACGAUAUCACCGAUAUAAUCACAGAAGACUUUUCAGUGGAAUCAGAUGACUAUGGUGAGCAUAAAAUUAUCGAUUUGAUUCCAGAUGGAAGAAACAUUUCGGUCACAGAGGAAAACAAACAUGAGUAUGUUCAAAAAAUCGUUGAGUACCGUCUUCAAACAUCGGUUGAUGAACAGAUGAGUAAUUUUAUCAUGGGCUUUCAUGAGAUUAUUCCAAAAGAUCUUGUGGCAAUAUUUGAUGAACAAGAACUCGAGUUGUUGAUCAGUGGCUUACCAGAUAUUGAUAUCCAAGAUUGGCAAAACAACACGAUUUAUCAAAACUACUCUGCUUCUUCUGAGCAGAUUCAGUGGUUCUGGCGAGCUGUUCGCUCUUUUGAUAACGAGGAGCGCGCCAAACUCUUGCAAUUUGCAACAGGAACUUCCAAGGUUCCCCUUAAUGGAUUCAAGGACUUGAAAGGUGCUAAUAAUGUCAACAAAUUUAAUAUUCACCGUGAUUACGGUAAGACAGACAGAUUGCCCUCUUCUCAUACCUGCUUUAACCAGAUUGAUCUUCCUGUGUACGAAUCCUACGAGACUCUCCGUGGCUCACUAUUGUUGGCCAUUACAGAAGGAUAUGAGGGUUUUCAAAUAGCGUGA